AUGUCCUCGGACAACGAGUCCACCAAGGGUGGAUCACCCGCUAAGACUGAGAAGAAGGCCGUGGUCUUCACCGAGAGAGAGGAGAUGGUCCUGAAGGUCGCCUGGCGCUGUCUCAAGUCUGGCCCUCCCGAAAUCGACAUCGAGAAGCUCACCAAGGCCGCCGGCUUCAACACCCAGAAGACUUGCUCCAACAUGUGGUCCGGUUUGAAGAAAAAGCUUCUCACUGAUGUUGACGGAAACGCUCUUCCCACCGCUCCUGCUACCCCCAAGCCCACCAAGGGCAAGAAGGGCACUGCCACUCCAGCAAAGAAACGCGCCAAGAAGGACGUCGAUGAUGACGAGGACGACGAGGAUGAGGGCAGAUCAAUCGCCAAGAAGACCAAGCCCUCCCCUGUCAAGAAGGUCCUGGUCAAGGCCGAGGACUCGGACGAAGAGUAG